AUGUUGUGGAAAGAGGUGUCGUUAGGAGUGGAGAUGCCCCUUUCCGUUUUUCAAACUCUUUACAUACCCAAGGUUACUGCCGGGGGGGAUAAGACCCGGGGCUGGUACUACCUGACGUCGUGGGGUUCCCACACUCCAUUUGUGAUCGAUCUGCCGAGCUCCAUCAAGGAAUGGAAGAGCUCUUGGUGCUGGGCAGCGGGGCGAUGGGACACAAUGGAGGGGGACCCCCUGGCGCCUCUUACAGUCCCGGCGAAGUUUUCAACACUUAGUUCCCUCCCUCGGUGCGAGCUGUCGACAGAGGACUUCGACAUUAUUUGCGUUAUUUAUCAACUGCCUCAGAAGAAGAGGUCAUAUCACAGGCUCAUUCGGAAAAACAUACACUUCGUCACUCACGAAUUAAUGGCGUCCCAAGAUAACUUCAACAAGAAGCUGCCAGUACGCCCUGACUUCAAAACUAUUCAGAAAAUGAUGGCUGAAGCAAGGGCACUGAAGGCCUCCUCCUCUUCAUAUAAGAAGCAAAUGGAGGAGCUGGUGGAGGCCAGUAAGAGACUUCAGCCUCCGACGGAGGAGGAGGUUCAGCACUCCAAUACUAAAUGCCGACUAAGAAGCAACUGUAGAUACAGGAAUGGCAAGAAUAUCCCUUGCAACCUCAGAUGA